UCUUAUGCAAAUGUUAUCUCCGUAAAGAUCGGAAGCAUACGACAUAGCAUCGUCUUUGUCCUUGCCGUUUAUGGAUGUGUUUUUUUCAGCAAUAAAACGACAUCGUUGAAGACGACGACAUAGUUCGUAGUUUGUCGAUUUGGUCGUCGAAUUGCAUGGGUGUUGAGAUUAAAACGGUGUCGUUGAGUGAACAAGACUCCAAGGUCCAUGGCCGUUGUCCCGCCGGCCAUCAACCGUAACCUUAAAGCAAACGACCUCUGUUCCCUCCUUGCUGUCGGAUUCGCCAUUGAUUAUCUUGUGUUUAAGCGCUAAAGUUCGCUUCUUUAUGGCCAUGGCAGCUUUUCGCCGUUUCUCUCUGGUGGCCUUCGCAUUGGCUCUCUUUCUCGCCGUUGCCGUCGCCGAGAUCCGGACAAAGGAGAUCAGAUCCGACCGGCGUUCCAUAAUUCCCUUUGACACGUUCGGGUUCACCGCCUACGGCGAGCUCAAUCUCUCCGUCACCGGUAUCUCCUUCUCCUCGCCGGAAACCCUGCCCAGGCCCCGCAUAUCCAGGCUGGGUUUCUUCUACUGCACCGCCGACGCUUGGCUCCACGUUCUGCGAAAGCUCCGGGCCGGAAAAAUCCAGUGCCCUCUCGACUCCGACCUCGCCAAUAAAGUCUUCAUUUUCCACACCUCCACGAAAACCUUCGCCAGCUCCGUGGAGGUAAUGGAGCCCAACCAAUACACACUCCUAUUCGCAAAUUGCGAGCCGGAUCUAGAAGUUUCCAUGAAUGUACACUCCGUCAUGUACAACCUCAACCCCAGAACUCAGCGCCCGGAUUUUCUCCCCGCCGGCAAGACCCUUCUCCCGGUGAUAUAUUUCUUGCUUUUCUUGGUAUAUCUAAUCCUGGGUAUUCUCUGGGUGCAUACCCUUUACAAAAACCGCUUAUCUGUUUACAGAAUUCAUUUGUUUAUGCUUGCCGUUCUGAUUCUUAAAGCUCUGAAUUUACUCUGUGAGGCUGAGGAUAAAUGGUAUAUUUCAAAAACUGGGAGUGCCCAUGGAUGGGAUGUUUUGUUCUAUAUAUUCAGUUUCCUGAAAGGGAUUUCACUCUUCACAUUGAUAGUACUAAUUGGGACUGGAUGGUCAUUCUUGAAACCUUACUUGCAAGAUAAAGAGAGAAAUGUUCUGAUCAUAGUGAUUCCCUUGCAAGUUGUGGCCAAUGUGGCUCGGGUUGUGACUGAUGAGACUGGACCCUUUGGGGAGAAUUCGUAUAGGUGGAAGCAGGUGUUCUUGGUGGUCGAUAUUCUGUGUUGCUGCGCGGUUUUGUUCCCGAUCGUGUGGUCGAUCAAGAACUUGCGAGAGGCGGCCAAGACUGAUGGCAAGGCUGCUGUGAAUUUGAAUAAGUUGACGUUGUUUAGGCAGUAUUAUGUUAUAGUUAUCUGCUACAUUUACUUCACGAGAGUCGUGGUUUAUGCUCUCCAGACUGUUACUUCGUACCGCUAUCAAUGGACUAGCGUGGUGGCUUCUGAAUUGGCCACGCUCGCCUUCUAUGGCUUCACGGGAUACAACUUCAGGCCUAAGGCUCACAGCCCUUAUUUCGCCCUCGAUGACCAGGAGGAAGAAGCUGCUGCUGAGGCUCUCAAGCUUGAUGAUGAGUUUGAAUUGUGAAUUGUGAAUUGUGAUGAUACCUUGGCAAAGCAAAGGUAGAAAAAUGGGGUUUUUUUUUUUGUUUUACAGAAUUCACAUAUGUUUUUGUUCAAUCUUAGGUUUAGGUAUGAAUGUUGUCUGUCUCAUAGUGUCUGUCAUCAUCUCUGUGAUGUUUUCCACUGUUAAAUCAUGUUUAGUUUGGGCUGUUUCAUGUGUUUGAGGAAUGUUGUUCAAUGUUAUUGUUGAAUUCUAAAUCAAAUGUCUCGUAUCUCUGUCA